CUGGAGGGCACGAGAGAGGACGCACGCAGACUGUCAACCUGCUGCACGCGCCGCGCCGUCGCGUUCGUCCAUCUGGAUGCUAAUAUGAGGAAGCCUCUGCCUUGCUGAAGGUUAUCUGGAUUCCACUGAUUUAUUGGACAAGUAGUAUGCCUGGCAUGUGCUAGGCCCAACCAUAGUGUAGUGAGAGAGCACGUGAGCGUUGAAGCUGAGAAAUCGGCCAUGGCCCGCCUGAGCUCUCAGCGCCCAUGGAAGAAACUUCGACCCACACGGGUGCUCGGCCUCCUCAUCAGUCUUGUAGCAAUAAGUGCAGUAACCUUCUCAUGGCACUCUUCUUCUCAGCGGGAGGGGCUACAGAGCCACAUCCCACACAGAACAUUACUGUCCACACACUUGGGUUACCGCGGUAAUCUCUCGGAGGACACGCCCGUGGCCAUGCGCUCGUCCACAGAGUCGAACGUGAGUCAGGGGGAUUACCCGACUGACCUGUUUAGCCUGGAAGACCGCCGAAGGGGCGCUGUGGUAAUGCACAUGUUCGGCAUGAUCUACAUGUUCAUCGCCCUCGCCAUCGUGUGCGAUGAAUUCUUCGUACCCGCACUCACUGUCAUUACAGAGAAACUCGCAAUCUCGGACGAUGUGGCGGGUGCCACCUUCAUGGCGGCUGGGGGCUCUGCUCCUGAGCUCUUUACCUCGGUCAUUGGCAUGUUCAUCUCCCAUAGUAACGUGGGCAUCGGAACCAUUGUCGGCUCUGCCGUGUUCAACAUCCUGUUCGUCAUAGGAAUGUGCGCCGUGUUCUCGAAGGAGAUCCUAAACCUGACAUGGUGGCCUCUCUUCAGGGACGUCUCCUUCUACAUCAUCGACCUCAUCAUGCUCAUAGUUUUCUUCCUGGAUAACUACAUCAUGUACUGGGAGAGUAUCAGCCUGCUGCUAUCCUACGCUGCCUAUGUGAUAUUUAUGAAGUUCAAUGGGAAUGUAGAGACUUUCGUCAAGGGCAUCAUGAACAGAAACCAGGUUGUGGAAGUAGAGGCCCAACCAAAGGAUGUCAAAUUGAGCCCUGGCGGAGUGGAGGAUGACAGCAAACUGUCGGCCAAGCCCCGGCUGCAGAGAGGAGGAAGCUCUGCCUCCUUACACAACAGCCUGAUGAGAAAUAGCAUUUUUCAGUUGAUGAUCCACACACUCGACCCUCUAAGUGAAGAAUUUGCUGACUCUGAGCUGGGGACUUAUGGCAAGCUAAAAUAUUAUCACUCAAUGACUGAGGAAGGAAAGUUCCGUGAGAAGGCGUCAAUACUACACAAAAUUGCCAAAAAGAAAUGCCAGGUGGAGGAUUCAAACGGAGUCGCUGAUAAAAAUCUGCCAAACAGCUCAAGCGUGGAGGUUGACAUGACCCCACCCUUGAAUGGCACUGCUGGACAAGAUGGUGAUGUGGGUGAAGAAGAUGAUGAGGAAGAUCAGCCUCUAAGCCUCUCAUGGCCAGAGACAGGCCGUAAACGUUUCACGUAUCUCUUAAUCAUGCCCAUAGUCUUCCCUCUCUGGAUAACCCUGCCUGAUGUCAGGAAGUCUAGUUCCAAGAAGUUCUUUCCUAUUACAUUCCUGGGGGCGAUUUGCUGGAUUGCUGCCUUCUCCUACCUGAUGGUGUGGUGGGCUCACCAGGUUGGAGAGACUAUCGGUAUUACAGAGGAGAUCAUGGGGCUGACGAUUCUAGCGGCUGGAACCUCCAUCCCUGACCUCAUCACCAGCGUCAUUGUGGCCCGGAAGGGUCUGGGGGACAUGGCUGUGUCUAGCUCAGUCGGCUCCAACAUAUUUGACAUUACUGUAGGGUUACCGUUCCCAUGGCUGAUGUACUCUUUUGUAAACAGUAUGAGUCCAGUAAAGGUGAGCAGUAACGGUCUGUUCUGUGCCAUCGUGCUACUCUUCCUCAUGCUCCUCUUCGUCAUCAUCUCCAUCGCUGCCUGUAAGUGGAAAAUGAGCAAACUACUGGGCUUCAUCAUGUUCCUGCUCUAUAUCGUCUUCCUGGUGGUCAGCGUCCUUUUGGAGAAUAAGGUCAUCGUCUGCCCUGUCUCUAUCUAACGUCCUGAUUCAUUUACACACCUUUAUGAAGCUUAAACCACUUCAUACAAACUCUUCGCUUUGGACCAGCUUCAGUUCUCGGUGAAAGUGUGUACAAAUUCUCCAUCAGAAAUGGCGAUAACCACAAUGACAAAGAACAUCUUCAAGUGUUUAUAUGGAUUCAGGAUGCCAUACUGGAAUAUCUAUGUUUUUUUUCUUUACAUUUUUGCAUGUGUGUCAAGAAGCCAAGUAACAUACGAAACCUUUAUGGAGGUAGACAUAUUGUUCAACCCAGUGUGUCACCACCAUUUGACACAAGUUUAAAUAUUCUGUACACUUAAUAAUGGAGUAGUUUGUAUAGGUAGUUGAGCUGCAGUACUGAUUGUAAAAAAUAACCAUACACCAAUAACUUCAAUAACUCUGUGCUACUUGCUGCCUCAUAUGCAGCGGAAGAUUAACUAAAAUAAAUCACUGCAUGUUGCUUCCCAAAGCAUAAAAACCUUAAUAUUCACUCAUUUAUAGAAAAAAAAAUAAUAAUAAUGUUAUGAGGUAAUGUUAGAAAUGGGAGGGACAUUUAAAGAUGCUUAUAAUCUGUAGUUAAGUGUAAAAAUAAAUAAAUUUAGACAUAUUUUUGUCAAUUCCAUCUACUAAAAUGUGCGGUGACUUCCUUAAAUAGUUGGCAUAGCACACUCAUGUAUCUGGACUGGAAAUCAGCCCAGUGGUAGAAAUGCACUAGACAUUUAAAGUAGGAAAAAAGUUCCUUGCAUGACAAUGUGUAGCCAAAAAAUUCUAGAUAGCGUGUGCUCAUUGCUUGAUCGUAAGUCUCAACGAGAAAAUAUUCACAUAACGAUUUGCAAAAUCAAAUAGUCCUUUGGUAAAGAAAGAGUGUUAAUGUACUAGCACUGUCUGAACUUAUUCUAGAUAUGUAAAAUCACAAGCAUUUAUGAAAGGGUGAUUUAGGACUCUAUCUUUGUAAUCUGUACAGACAUAAAUUCAAUGCAUUAAUUUAUACAGACACAAAAAUUACUGAUUUGUAAUAUUCACUUAUAACUGUAGACUAGCAUGAAACUUCUUCCAAAUUGUGAUCUUAUUUGUGGUGGCAGACCAUUUGUUUUGGUAUGUUUAACUCAUUAUUCUUUGUAUACUGUAUUUUAAAGAAGUGAUCUGGAUGUGAUACAGAUUGAGGAUCACAUUAGAAAAUGAGUUAUUCACUAUCAUGGCCUGACACAGACCUCAAAACAAUGAUGUUGGUUUAUCGCAAGCCGUUUCGACAUUUAAUCAUGUGCAGGAUAUGAAUUAUAGAUAUCUGUAAUUCUAUUUUCAAUCAGCUGUGGAAUUACUACUAGUGAAAAUGCUAACUCUUGAUAUCAAAAAUGAUGUCAUUACUUGAUAUAAAAAACAUAGUUCUUGAUAUCUGUAACAGAAUUUUCAGUAGUAGAAUUUCACAAUGAUCUGUAAUUAAUUCCUGUUAAUUAAUUUAUUUCCCGUUAAAAUUUCAAAUACACAACUAGUAAAAAUGCUAAUUUUUGAUAUCUGUUAAAUUCAGUAUUUCAGAUAUCUGGAAAAGGAUUUUAGAUAUCAUUAAUUAAAGAGUAAUUAAAGACUAGAUACUACAGAAGCCCUGAACCACACUGUGGGGAACAAAAAAAAAAAAAAAAAAAUUCACUAGGUGAUUUUCUUUUAGUUGUCUAGUGCCUUCCUAAAAAAAAAAAAUUCUCUCUCUAAAUUUUUUAAUCUCCUCAAGAGGCAACACACGAAAAAACUUUUUUUGGGUGUUGUUGCUUAUUAACUAAAAAUUUGCAUGCAGUACCAACCUCGGCCACUAAGUGCCACUAUCAGUAAGCAUUCAGUCUUAUGCUCACAAGCUGACAGAUGACAGCUUUGCUACUUUAUCUUCUGAUUUAUUAAAAAAAAUAAAAUAAAAAAUAAAAUAGGGAGAGUAAAAAAGUUUUGAGAGAAUAAAAAAUAGAAAGAAAAAAAAUUGAGAGAAAAAACAUUUGAGAGAUUUUUUGUUUUUUUGAGAGAGAAAAAUAUUUUUUCAUAGACAAAACAUUUUUUAGAGAGAUUGUAUUUAUUUAUUUAUUUAUUUUUCACGGUGCGGUUCAGGGCUUCUUUAAGUUACAAUCAUAUAAUAGAUAUUAAAAAUUCACAUUGCCACUUUUGUAUUCUUACUAGUUGAAAUUCAGUUGUUGAUAUCAGGAAUUUACAUUUUCAUUGGUAACAAUGUAAUUAUUAAUAUCAAAAUUGAUCAUUUUUACUGUUAAGAAGUACAAAGCUGAUAUGUGUAUUUGGAAUUCCAACUGGUAAGAAAUUAAUUUGUAAUGACAAAUCAUUGUGAAAUUCUACUAGUGAAAAUGCAGUUAGCACUUUCAAACAUUUUCUAAUGUUUUUUACUUUUUUAUGUUGAAAUAAAAAAAAUUAAAAUCAAGAAUGGUAUUUCCGCAAGACAUAAGUUUUGAUAUAAAAAAUUAACAAUUGGUAACACUUUCUUUAAAGUCCAUGUUUAUAAUGCAUUGUAAUGUGUUAGUAAUGUCUCAUUAUACACCUUAUAAUAUGUUAUAACUAUGAAUAGGGGAAGUAUUAUAAUGUAUUAUAACAGUAGUUAUAAUUAUUUUUGAGAAUUUAUAACUUAUUAUAAGGUGUAUUAUGAGACAUUAUGAAUGCAGUAUUGUGCAUUUAUAAUGCUUUUACAAUGCAUUAUAAAUAAAGGCUUCACAGAACGUGUUACCUAACAUUUUUACUAGUGCAAAUGUAGUUCUUGAUAUCAGGAAUUAGCAUUUUCACUAAUUGUAUUUCCAUUACUUCUAAAAAAUAAUUAGCAUCGAACUAGUGAAAAUUGUGUGCAUGUGAUGGCUGUAAAUGUCAAUACGGCUUGCCAUAUUGAGUUUUCUCUGUACAAUUACCUUAGCAAACACUGCCCUCUAGUGGGUAAUUGUACUUAUUCAAAUAUGACAGAUCUGAGCAAUAUACAGCAGCCCAUAAAGUAUUUGGACAUAUAAGUCACACUUGAAAUGUUUGAAUUUAAUUGCAUUAAUAUCCAAAAUGUCAAACCAAUUGGCAAACAGAUGAUGCUAGAAUUUUCCUCAGAAUUAAAUAGUUUGCGAUAGAUUUGAAGCUAAUCUCAACAGCUAAUUUUAAUGGAUGUGUAUAGAAAUGUUUUACAAUUCCCUACAGUUCUUUUUGUUUUUUAAACCUAUUAAAAUGGUUUAAAACCUAACAUAUAUUGUGAUGUUUUGCUUAAAGUCUACAUCCUUUAAAAAUGACACUUGCUUUGAUGUUAUCUAAUGCAAUGACCCUCAGAUAUUUUACAGUGUGGUCUAAGUGUCCAUAUAUUCAUUUUUGUGUCUACUGUAUAUACAUGUAUGAAAUGUGUUAUUUAAUUAAAUUUUUGUAUGAAGCAUUGAACUUUUCUGUUGUGGGCAGUCAACUGGUAAAUCAAUAAUUAAGAGAUAUUGAGCUGAACUGUUAGUGGUAAUGAUGGACUUUUAUUAUAAUAAGUUAUGCUGAAACAUUUAAAUGUCUUUAUGAAAACCGAUGGUAUUAAAAGGGAAUGUUACUGAUGUAAUCAAUGUAGCUAUUUCUAGACCUUUGAAAAUAAGCUCAAAUGUAUGAAUCACAAGUAGCUUGCCAUCUUGUUACUCCAUAAUAUUUAUUUAUUUUCCUAUUUGGUAUCUGAUUUUCAUAUUUAUUUUAUCUUUGAUUUAAUAUUUUUUUAGUCUAGAAAUACACAAUAUUCAGGGUAAGCACUACAGUAUUUUUUUCCUUUUGUUUAGUCAAAUAUUUCAUCUCAUUUAUGUAUAUGCACUGCAUUUAUAUGUGUUUGUUUGUUGUUUCCUCCUCAAGAACCAGAACCUGAUGAAUUUACUUCUGAAUUUACGCUGUAGUAAAUCUGAAAUUUUUGUAUGCAGGGUUUUCUCAAUUUUCAGAUUUCACACAAAACUCAUCUGGACUAGAUCUGUCACAUUAACCUUUUUUAUUUUUUUUUAUUUUUAUCAUCUUUUUAUUCUAUAAUCCGGAAGAAAAUUAUCAUUCUGUUUAUUUCCGAGUUUAAAGAUGGCCUUUCAGUAGGUCCUCUGUCUCCACUAUUGUUUUUUUAGAGCAUAAAACUGCACUUUUGCACUGAAUCACAUGAGAUAAUAACAAACCCAUUUAGACACAGCAUGUUAACAGUCACUCCCUCACACUAUGUUCAAUGUUACAUGUCCCUAGUCCAUGUGAGCCAUGUACCUGUACAAUGUACAUAUACUGUUAAUAAUACAAUCAGAGUAUAGAGAAAAUGUUUAUGUAAAUGCAAAGUAUGUAAUACAAGAAAUAAAGGCAAAUAUAAGGAUAGUUUUUUGUGGUGAAUGACGUUUUUCAUGAAACUAUCAGUGCAAAGAGGUUAAAUAAAGUUAAAACAGACUCACCUACAGAACUAUCUUUCUCUUUCUGUUUUUUAUUCUGUAAAUAUUCAGCAUAUUAAUAUGCAAAACAAUAUGUGGUAAAACAUGGUUAUAUUUGCUUAAUUGAUUAGGUACAGUAGUUAACAGUCACAGUUACAUGGAGAUAUUAGAAGGACCAUUGCGUUGAUGAAUGGAGGUUAGGUCGAGAAUAUGUUGUUAUAAGACUAUACGUUGCA